CCCUGCCGACUGCCGUCGUGUCGGCUCGCCAACGCCAAUCCCACCAGGCCACCACCACGCCACGCACUGCGCCUCCCUCCCUUGCGUCCGCCUCUCACCCGCAACUUCAAACCCGCCGCCACCUCCGGGGACCAGCAACCCCAACUCCAGCGCUGGGGAGGAGCGACGACGAGCUGCCCGAUUCCACCACCACCAGCAACUUGAGGAAUAGCCUCCUGCCUCCUGCCUCCAGCAGAGCGCGUGUCCCUCCUGCCUGCCGGCUACAUUCGCCCGACUCCGACUCCGCUGAGAAGCCAAGCCAGCCAUGGGGUGCGUGUGCUCGAGGCACUUCCCGGAGGACGCGCCGGGCACGCUGGCGGCCGCCUACGACGCGCGCCGCGGGAGGUACGGCCCCGGGAACUUCGACUCCGGCGAGCUCGCCAUCCCGCCGCCCCACUCCAACAAGGUAUCAGACACAGGUACAUUUCUGGGAAGAGCUAGCAUUGCUGCCGUUGAAGUGUUAGACACGCUCGGGAGUAGCAUGACAAGCUUGAAUCCUGGCAGCGGCUUUCUCUCCGGAGGAACCAACCGGGGCAAUAGAGCCUGUAUUUUAGCAUUUGAAGUCGCGAAUACAAUAGCUAAGGCUUCUAGUUUGUGGAUGUCAUGCUCUGAUGAGAGUAUAGAAGAGCUCAAGAAAGAAAUUCUGCAUUCAGAUGGAGUGCAAGUAUUGGUGUCCUCAAAUACCAUUGAGCUGUUGCAUAUUGCUGUCGUUGAUAAAAGGGAAGAACUUGCCGUCUUUUCAAGAGAAGUAAUACGAUUUGGCAACCUCUGCAAAGAUCCUAUAUGGCAUAACUUGGGGCGAUAUUUCGACAAGUAUGCCUCUGAAAAGUUAACGACAGAUAAUACACCCCAGGAUCAUUCAAAGGAGACUAUGGAAGCUACUGUCCAGCAAUUGAUUAAUUUGGCACAAAACACCUCUGAGCUAUAUCAUGAAUUGCAUGCUCUGGACAGGUUUGAGCAGGAUUUUAAAAAGAAAUUUCAUGAAGAGGAGCCUGUGCCAGCAGCUAGACGAGAGAGUAUAAUGAUAUUGCAUAGUGAACUAAAGCGCCAGAGGAAGCUUGUGAAAAAUCUGAAGAAAAAAUCCUUGUGGUCAAGGACCUUGGAAGAGAUCGUGGAGAAACUUGUGGACAUUGUAGUAUUUUUACAUAGACAAAUCCGAGAAUCAUUUAACGAAGCUGGAACCGAUUUCUGCGCUUCCGAGCAAACUCAGAACAAAAGGCUAGGUUCCUGUGGUCUGGCACUACAUUAUGCUAACAUCAUCAACCAAAUUGAAAAUAUAAUUUCCCGGCCCCUCUCUCUUCCUCCUAGUGCAAGGGACAAUCUGUACCAUGGUCUGCCAGUAACAGUGAAGUUAGCUCUGCGAUCACGACUGCAGACAUAUAACACCGAAGAAGAGCGUACGGUAGCUCAAAUAAAAGCCGAAAUGCAGAAAACUCUUCGCUGGCUUCUGCCGGUAGCAGAAAAUACAAUAAGGGCGCACCAAGGUUUUGGAUGGGUUGGCGAAUGGGCUAAUCUUGACAUGGGCAAGAAAUCAGGCUACCAGCACAGGCACAGCGUCAUCCGCAUCCAGACGCUGCACCACGCCGACAAGGCGAAAACCGAGCACUACAUGCUGGAGCUGGUGGUGCUCCUCCACCACCUGGUGAUGCAGGUGAAGAGCAGAGGCUACGGGACCGGCAAGCCAUCGAGGCACGAGCAUGACGCCUCGUCCCGGUCCCGCAAGGCGGCACCUGGCCUCCACCCGGAGACGGAGACGGAGACGAGGCGCAACACGUCGCCCGUGAACAGCCGCGUGGCUUCGAGCCCGCUGUCGGACUGCGAGCGCGCGGCGCUGGACCACCUGGGCUUCAGGAGGGCGACUUACGGCAGGAGCCAGAGCUGCGAGCCUCCGCCGCCUGGCCGACGGAGCCUGGCUCGCCGGAGCUGGGGCUUGUGCCGGAGCCAUGGCGGCUCGCCGGCUAGGGCGUUGGGCAGCAAGACCCCCGCCGUGGGUCGUGACGCGGCCAUGGACCUUGAUGUAAUUGAUGGCUUGGAUUUGGAUAGACUGACUUCGUCGUACUCGCACCCGCCCUCCCCCCACGUUUUGCUAGAAUAGCUGAAUUCUUCGUACAUCUUGUAUAUGUCCAUAUAUUAUCCUAAGUUUAUUAUAUGUACAUAUGAAAUCUUGAGUGGAAGUAUAUAUAGAGCAAGAUCACAAGUGGCAUUAGAUCAUCUCACCUUUGGAAAAAAAAAUUAGUGUUGUUUGAAUCCACUCUCUGAAUUUAAUGAAUACGUGAUUAUCAUGUUUCAGCUUUGUUAGGACAUGUAAAAUGGGUAUCUUAAAUUGUGUCUUGGAGUGUGUCUAGAG